GGCGGCGGCGACAUUCAGAGAGGAGAUGGCGGCCAGAGGGGGCUUUCAGACAACGCCGACGGGUGGUGGCGGUGGAGCAAUGGGACCUGGACCACCAGUACCGGUUGCAGGACCAGGUAUGGGGCCCGGUACCCCCUCUGGAAGAAUGGGACCGUCGUCGGCCACGCAGAACCACAUGUACCGCUCUCCGAUGCCCGGGCCUGGAUACCCGAGACCAGGCAUGCCUCCAUCCAGCCGUAUGACCCCUCAGGGACCAGCCAUGGGCCCCCCAGGGUAUGGCAGCAGCCCUGUGUCUCGCCCCGGGAUGCCUGGGGUGAUAGACCCUUCUCGAAAAAGGCCAGCCCCUCAACAGAUUCAGCAGGUUCAGCAACAGCAGAACCGCAACCAGCACACAAAGAAGAAGAAAAUGGCUGAUAAAAUUCUACCUCAGAGGAUCAGGGAACUGGUCCCAGAGUCUCAGGCUUACAUGGAUCUUCUGGCCUUUGAGAGGAAGUUGGACCAGACCAUCAUGCGCAAGAGGCUUGACAUUCAGGAGGCCCUUAAAAGGCCUAUUAAGCAAAAAAGAAAGCUGCGGAUCUUCAUAUCGAACACUUUCAACCCUGCAAAGCCUGAUGCUGAGGAUGGAGAGGGCACAGUUGCAUCAUGGGAGCUGCGUGUUGAAGGGCGUCUUCUGGAAGAUACAGCUGUCUCCAAAUAUGAAGCCACCAAACAAAAAAGAAAGUUCUCAUCAUUCUUCAAGUCUCUUGUGAUUGAAUUGGACAAAGACCUGUAUGGACCAGAUAAUCACCUGGUUGAAUGGCAUAGGACUGCCACCACCCAGGAGACUGAUGGUUUCCAAGUAAAGAGGCCCGGUGAUGUGGGAGUUCGCUGCACCGUCCUCCUCAUGCUUGACUACCAGCCCCCUCAGUUCAAGCUGGACCCCCGUCUGGCCCGUAUGUUGGGUAUCCACACGCAGACCAGACCUGUCAUCAUCCAGGCUCUGUGGCAGUACGUCAAAACACACAAACUCCAAGACCCACAUGAGCGCGAGUUUAUUAACUGCGAUAAAUACCUGCAGCAGAUUUUUGAGACUCAGCGAAUGAAGUUUUCUGAAAUCCCACAGCGCUUGCAUGCACUGCUGAUGCCUCCAGAACCCAUCAUCAUAAAUCAUGUGAUCAGUGUGGAUCCUAAUGACCAAAAGAAGACGGCUUGUUAUGACAUUGACGUAGAGGUGGACGACACACUGAAGACCCAGAUGAACUCCUUCCUGCUGUCCACAGCCAGCCAGCAGGAAAUAGCAGGACUGGAUAACAAGAUCCAUGAAACUAUUGAGACUAUCAACCAACUGAAAACCCAAAGGGAGUUCAUGUUGAGUUUUGCCAGAGAUCCUCAGGGAUUUAUCAACGACUGGCUUCAGUCCCAGUGCAGAGACCUGAAGACUAUGACUGAUGUGGUGGGAAACCCAGAAGAGGAGCGAAGAGCAGAGUUUUACUACCAGCCUUGGGCUCAGGAGGCCGUCUGUCGCUACUUCUACUCCAAAGUCCAGCAGAGGCGACAGGAGCUGGAGCAGGCGCUCGGCAUCAGGAACACUUGA